AGUUAUCCUGCGCUCACCUAAAUGGCUCAGCUGUCCAAUUACCGGGGGAGACACAUCUCAACUCUGAAUAAGAAAUUCCACAAAAUGAUGCUGGAGGUCGGAUGCUUUUGAACUUCAUGGUAUUCCUUGGCACCACGACUUUCUUGGAAUUGGACAAAAGAAGAAAACAUGAAGAAAUCACAAUUUUGCUUGACGUCCAUAUUUGUGAGCUGCAUGGUGCACAUGAGCUUUUCCACUGUUUGCAACAAACCUGUUGCACUUGAAUGGCACCUGGACCAGGUCCUCAUCCAAGUGAACUGGACACUCAUGGAGAAUAUUUGCGGCACUUUUGAAGAAUGUUGGGGUUUUCAUGGUGGAGAUAACCCAAGGGUGUCUACGACUUUCCCACAAAUUUGCCCACUUCAGGUGCAGCAUGGCGACAAACUGUUGCUGGUCGCCGAUGAGACGCUGAUGUCGUAUGGUGUCAGAAUUGUCAAUGUGUCGCAGGACGAUUUUGAGAGUUGUUCUGCAAAUGGCGUUAAAAGAGACCAGCUUGUUUUCCCUCAGCAGAUCAAUGGAAGGGAAGAAGUAGAUACCAAGUGGCUUGAGCCGGGUCACCAUUACUUCAUUGCUCUGCACGGCGAAAACACUCAGCUGUGUACGCAUGGUUUAAGGCUGAAUUUACUGGUCAAGACGCAACUUUGCCAGCCAUCCCCUCUGCUUCCACUUUGUUCUGGGAAGGGUAUUUGUGAAAUGGACAACUGGGAAGGGCCGUACUCAUGCCGGUGUCACCAUCGCUACUCUGGGAGGUUUUGCGAAAAAUUUGAUGCUUGCUUGGAUAGUCCAUGUAAAAACAAAGGAGUGUGCUUGAGCAACGGCUCUGCAGAACUGAACCACAGAACGUUUAAAUGUUUGUGUCCUCCACAUUUUGAUGGAACAACCUGCUCUGAAAUAAUUGGGAAAGAAAACUGUGACAGAAUGUGUACAAACGGGACGUGUUUUCAAAUGUCAUCCAGGUCCUUCACAUGCAUCUGCAGUGGCGGAUUCUCAGACCCACCCUGUGAGAGAAAAUCCACUUGCAAUCCAAAUCCAUGCAGAAAUGUGCAGGUCUCUGAAUGUGUGUGUGGGGAUGGUAAAGUGGUCCCGGCAUGCAAGAGAGGGCGGCGGAAUGCGUGCAACCCAUCACCGUGCCUCAAUAAUGCCACCUGUGUGUCCAGGGGACAUGAUUAUUUUUGCAGAUGUCUGCAGGGCUUUUCAGGGAAGAAUUGUGAAGAAGUAAUUGACUACUGCCGCCUGCUCAAUAUCAACUGUCUAAAUGAGGGAUUGUGUUUGAGUGUAAUUGCCGGAUAUCAGUGUAUCUGUACUCCUGGAUGGAUUGGAGAGUUUUGUCAAUAUGUGAGCAAUGCCUGCCUGAUAAAACCCAACAGAUGCUUGAAUGGAGCCACGUGUAUUACAAUAAGCCAGACGUCAUCCCCUCCACAGUACAUGUGCAAAUGCCCAAAUGGAUUCACAGGAACCGACUGUGAGACGGAGAUCAACGAGUGUAAUUCCAACCCCUGCCGGCACAAUGGCACAUGCUUCGACUUGGUGGGACACUAUGAAUGCCAGUGCCCCACAGGUUUUCUAGGCAAGAACUGUGAAUUGGACAUUGAUGCUUGUGGACUUAACAGCACAUGUCCACCAAAGACUCUGUGUUUGGAUCUUUCUGAUGGCCUAAAAUAUACCUGCCGAGUGCCCUGUCCCUCAAGCCUUCAGCCAUGUGCCAAUGGAGGACACUGUGUGUUGAAUAACGGCAACAGCUACACGUGUAUCUGCCGCCCAGGCUGGUCGGGCUAUAACUGUCGCACAAAUGUCAAUGAUUGUGUUCAACAUUGGUGUCAAAACGGCGCCACUUGUGUAGAUGAAAUUGACGGGUAUAGCUGCCUAUGUCCAAGAGGCUUCUCUGGCUCCUUCUGUGAAGAGGACAUUGAUUACUGUGUGGAGCACGGCUGCUCUGAGCAUGGAAUUUGUUUGGAUCAGCAGUUGAACUUCACCUGCCGCUGCACUCUUGGAUUUGAAGGGGUCCUGUGUGAGAAGGAAACGGAUGAAUGCAAUACUUUUCCCUGUGCAAACGGGGCCACCUGCGAGGAUCACGUUGGUGAUUACCAGUGCCACUGUUCCCCAGGGUUUGAGGGAAGGAGAUGCGAUGAGAAUGUGAAUGAUUGCUGGUCACAGCCUUGUCUCAAUGGCGGCUCAUGUAUGGAUCUGAUAAAUGAUUACAUUUGUCAUUGUCCUCUUGGAUAUAACGGCAAAGACUGCUCCAUAGAUAUUGACCUUUGCUCGUUUGGGAUGUGCACCGAACAUACAACAUUGUGCACGGAAACAAAGGAUGGGCAAAAUGUAUCUUGCAUAUGCGAAAGAGGAUUUGGAGGGCCAUUGUGCGAAGUCAAUCUCAAUGAAUGCGAGUCAAAUCCAUGCCAGAAUAAUGGGGUUUGUGUUGAUGGCGUGGACUUAUAUCACUGCAUUUGCUCAGAGGGGUUUGAGGGGUCAAACUGUGAAAUCAAUCAUGCUGACUGUAUCCAUGCGUACUGCACCAAUAAUUCCACAUGUAUAGACUUGCUUGCAGACUAUGAGUGCAUCUGUUCAUUUGGCUUUGCUGGUAAGAAUUGCUCAGUGUCUCUCCCAGUAUGUACAGAUGACGAUGACAACUGCAAAACCUGUUUCCAUGUCUUAACAAGAGAAUUACAAUGCAUGUGCCCACCAGGACACAGUUGCAAUGACUGCUUCUCCUAAUCUGUGAGCCAAUGUAUUUCCAAUUCCUUUGACCUUGAUGGGACACGCCGCUGUGAAGGUCUUUCAAAUAGUUACAUGUGUGUUUUUCAACAUAGCUACAUCGGGGCACACUGCGAAACACCCACUGAACACCGCGUUGAUGGUCUGUGUCAGAACGGAUCAAUGUGUUUGGAUCAUAAAGUCCUCUCAAAUGGAUUUCCCAAGAUACUUUGUCUUCUCUGUGCAGGUUUGACUGGUCAUGAUUGUGAACAGAACAUAAAUGGUUGUGAAGGAAAGCCAUGUGGUGACUUGAGUGUUUGUGAAAACACUCUCAAUGGCUACAUUUGCUUCUGUGCGCCAGGCUUAAUUGGUGACAACUGUGAGAUUCAAGUAAAUGAUUGCCUCAGCCAGCCUUGUAGAAAUGGUGGCUCCUGCGUUGAUGGUGUCACUUCUUUCAGCUGCCUGUGCCCUGUUGGAUUCAGAGGAAGCUACUGUGAAGUCACAGUAGACGAGUGCAUGUCGAGUCCUUGCCUACACAACGCCACUUGUGUUAUCCUCCCCCAUGGAUAUGGAUGUAUGUGUGCAGCUGGCUUUACAGGAACCCAAUGUGAACUUCCCAUUGAUGAGUGUGCUUCAUCACCCUGCAAGAAUGGAGCCACAUGCAUUGACCAACCCGGUAAUUACUUCUGCCACUGUCUGGCUCCAUUUAAAGGUCUAAAUUGUGACUUGUUACCCUGUGAGGCCAGUAAUCCUUGUGAGAAUGGCGCCUUUUGUGUGGAAGAUUUGGACGAGGACCAUUACCCUUUGGGUUUCCGAUGCCGCUGUCGCCGAGGAUUCACGGGCCCCCGCUGUGAAAUCAACGUGGAUGAGUGCAUCUCCAACCCAUGUGUCAAUGGAUUUUGCUAUGAUGUUAUAGAUGGAUUUUAUUGCCUUUGCAAUCCUGGUUAUGCUGGCCUGCAAUGUGAGAAAGAGAUUGACGACUGCGUGAACAAUCUGUGCAGUACCAAUUCCAUCUGUAAGGACCUCCAUCUGAGUUAUGAGUGUGUCUGUCACCCUGGCUGGGAGGGAGAGUACUGCCAACAAGAAAAUGAUGAAUGUUUGUCACAGCCCUGCAAAGACAACACCACCUGCACUGAACUCAACGGCUACAGGUGUUUGUGCUCACCAGGCAGGAGAGGUAUGGACUGUGCCGAGGAAGUGAAUGAGUGUGAAUCUGGGCCUUGUCUAAAUAGGGCUCGGUGUCAGGAGUCACGUGUAACUGGGGAUUUCUUCUGCACCUGCUCCCCUUUUCUUAGCAGUUCAUUGUGCAACCAGCCUUACGACCCAUGUGAACCCCUCCACAAUCCCUGCCUGCACAACUCCACCUGCCUGACACGCUCCAAUGGAAUGGCCUUCUGCGAAUGCCCAGCUGGAUUUGAAGGAAGCCAGUGUGAAACUGACACCAAUGAGUGCAGCUCUAAUCCUUGCCAAGACAAUGGCAACUGUGUGGACCAGGUCAAUGCGUACAGCUGUGUUUGUAAAAUGGGAUUUUCGGGCCUUCACUGCGAGCAAGACAUCAAUGAGUGCUCCUCACAGCCUUGCCUCAACGGUGGCAUUUGUCAGGACCUAGUGAACAAGUUUCACUGCAGUUGCCCUCCUGGUUAUUUUGGAACGCUGUGUGACCUGAGUGGGAAUGAGUGUCAAGUUUCACCUUGCCUACAAGAGGGCACCUGUAUCGAGAAGCCGGGGGGCUUUGAAUGUGUCUGUCGCCCUGGAUACUCAGGGGCAUGGUGUGAAGUUAACAUCGACGAGUGCAUUUCAAACCCGUGCCAAAAUAGUGGGAGAUGUGUUGACGAAGCCGAUCGAUAUCACUGUGUGUGCCCUGACGGCUUCUUUGGACCAGAGUGUGAGACCAACAUUGAUGAAUGCUUGUCAGCGCCUUGUUUUCAAGGGAGCUGUCAUGACGGAAUCUCAUCCUACACGUGUCUUUGUGAGGUGGGAUGGAGCGGCAGCAGAUGUGAAACCAGCAUUGAUGAUUGUGCAACCAAUCCCUGUUUCAAUGGAGCCUCAUGUGUGGAUCUGAUCGACAAAUACGCCUGUUUUUGUCAGGAUGGUAACACAGGAAAAGCCUGCAAGUAUGACGUUGACGCAUGUAAAGACUUUGCCCAUUUUUGUUCCAAUGGUGCUACUUGCAUUGAUGGCGAAGGAUUAAACUUUACUUGCAGCUGUCCAGCGGGUUUCGUGGGGGAUUUAUGUGAAGUGGAAGUCAACGAAUGUGGCUCAUCUCCCUGCCGCAACAGUGCCAUUUGCCAAGAUCUUAUUAAUAGCUACAUCUGCCAUUGUGGGUCAGGUUGGACAGGCCUUCACUGUGAGGAUGACAUUAAUGAGUGCCUUCCACAGCCCUGCAACCAGGGGAUAUGCGUACAGAGUGAUCCGGGCUACGGCUACACCUGUUUCUGUCGUCCUGGAUUUGUGGGGAGGAACUGCGAGCACAACUAUGAUGAUUGCCUCUUAAAUCCAUGUCCAGAAGCAUAUUCCUGUGUAGAUGGCAUCAACAAGGUCACCUGCCUCCCUCCUGCAACGGAUGCUGUUCCCUUGGAGACCACACUCAAGAACAUCACUAGCGGCUUUACACCACGUGUGAAAACACCAACACUCAGCCCGUCGCUGAGAGCUGAACAAUCCACAGAUUCAAACUAUGCCCGGUAUUUUGGAAAUUCUUACCUGGAGUUUGGAAGGAUUGACCUCAGCACUAUCAACAACAUCACUGUGAGAUUUCAGACUCAAGCUGACCAAGGAACUAUUAUUUAUGUGGGCCAAGGACCCACAAAGAAAAAUGGCAUUGAUAUGGAACUCUUUGUCACAGAUGGUGUCCUACAGUAUGUCUUUUCCUGCAAUAAAGAGGAUGAUAUUGCAUGGAUUAACACGCAAAUUCAUGUCGAUGAUGGCAAAGCACAUAUCGUCAAUAUCAGACAACACCUGGCUCCUUGUGAGGCUGAAAUAGCUCUUUCCGGUCAUGAGAGAAUCAAAAGUGCAGCAAGUAAUUACAGCUUGGGACACAUGAUACAAAGACCGACCAAUAUCUUCACAGGCGGUCUGCCACAACAACACUUGGCCAAUCAGAAAGCAAAACCUUUCUACAAUUUCACUGGCUGCAUUGAAAUCGUUGAAUUUAAUCAAGUCAGGGGAUUUUACAUAUCUGAUGCCAUCACCAGCAGCAAUAUAGGUGCAUGCAGGUAAAUUUUUCUACACAUCACUUCUAAUCAUAUACUUUGCACCCUGACCAUCAAGUACGACUUGAUUUUCAUUUUACUGACCAACAGUGUGAACACAACCCUCGCUCCUGCUCAAGCGUCGAAACACUCGCAGCGUGAAACUUGUGGUGAUGGCGUUUGCCUCAAUGGGGGAACGUGUCAUGAGCCGCAGCAACCUGGCAAAGAACCGCCUUCCUGCGUCUGCCCGCUUCAUUUUACUGGAACGUUUUGUGAGAAAGAUUCCAAAGUGUAUAUCCCGUUUUUUGAUGGCACAUCUUACUUGGAGCUGCAACCUCUCAUAACUGUUCUCCAGUCCUCUGACACCAGCAAUAACCUCAAGGACACCGCCGUUAUUCUCCAUUUGACAGUGAAAACUCGAUCUACACAGGGAACCAUCCUCCACACCAAGUAUCAGACGUUUAGUGGCCCCUUUCUUCAUGUAUUCCUUCAAGACGGAAGUCCUGUUGUUGAGCUCGGAUGUGGCGGUAAACAUGUCCUCAACGUGGCCGCCAGCCAGACCAUCAACAAUAACAAAUGGGUGUCAUUGACAAUUCAAUACAAUCUGCCUACCGGGGAACAACCUGGGUCAUGUAUGAUUGAAAUAGCAGUAGAUAAUGGCCCGGCUCAGCGUCUCCAGGAGUCUAUGUCAGUGCCCAUGUCAGAGGGAACAUUUGGGCCAAUUUUGCUUGGGGUUGCUUCCUCCAAAUGGGAAUUGCAUGAGUGGCUUGCAAAAGUAGUAAGAGGAUUUAUUGGCUGUAUCCGGCAACUUCAGGUCAACUCAAAAGAGAUCUACCUGGUGGGUGAAGCCGUGAGAGGGAGGAACAUCAAGAACUGUGACCCACCUGUUUGUCAGCACCUUCCUUGUCAAAACGGAGGGACCUGUGUCAGAGAUGCAGAGGACUGGUUCUGCGAGUGCCCCCAACUUUACACUGGCCAGCUGUGCCAGUUUAUGACCUGUGACCGCAACCCCUGCAGCCUGGGAGCAACGUGCAUCCAGAAGUCGCCGCUUGAGGCGGUAUGUCUUUGUCCUUUUGGGAGCCAAGGCUUACUUUGUGAUGAAGCAGUCAAUAUCACACGGGCCAGAUUCAGUGGUACAGACGAAUUUGGCUACACAUCCUUUGUGACCUACUCACACAUCCCAAGUCUCAGCUUUUUCUACGAGUUUCAGCUGAAGUUCACGCUGGCCAAUAGCUCCUCUGCUGUGAAAGACAACCUGAUCCUGUUUGCAGGGCACCGAGGACAAGGCACUGAUGGCGAUGACUUCCUCGUUUUGGGCGUGCGAAAGGGGAGAAUUCUGUAUAAAUUCAACCUUGGCUCAGGUAUAGCAACCGUUGUCUCAGAUCGACUGAACCUCCACAUGGACGUCCAUAUUCUCACGUUUGGAAGGACCAACAAAACAGGAUGGCUGAAGGUUGAUGGACAAAGGAACAGAACGGGCUCAUCUCCGGGACCGCUGCGGGGCCUCGAUGCUGUCGAGCAACUCUUUGUAGGCGGAUAUAAUCAGUACUCACCUGACCUGCUGCCACUUGGCUCCCGGUUCCGUCAAGGCUUUCAGGGGUGCAUUUUUGACAUGUAUUUCCGAACACGUAGAAAUGGAACAGUCCGAGUUCUGGGAGAGCCCACCUUUGGACGAAGUGUGGGUCAGUGUGGGAUCAACCUGUGUUUUCAUGUUCGGUGCAGGAAUGGAGGAACAUGUGUGGACUCCGGUUCAUCCGUUUAUUGCCAGUGCCCUUUUGGAUGGAAGGGCGCACUCUGUUCGGAGACAGUGUCGGUGUGCGAUGGCGCGCACACUCCCCCGCCUCUGUGUGCCCACGGCUCCACCUGCAUCCCUCUUCCAAAUGGAUAUACCUGUCAGUGCCCCCUGGGAACAGCGGGGCUCUACUGCGAGAAAGCUGUGAACAUCAGUGAUCCAUUCUUCAGUGGAAAGCACACCUCUUGGAUGUCCUUCCCCCCAAUGAAUAUGAGACACAGGACUGUUUUACGGAUCCAGUUCCAACCUUUAUCACCUGGCGGUAUCCUUGUUUAUGCUGCACAGCAUCUUGGGGAAAGAUCUGGAGAUUUCUUCUGCCUCUCUUUGAGGUCAAGGUUUGUCCAGCUGCGCUACAAUCUGGGGGAUGGUCUCCACACCCUGCAGACUGUUACAAGAGUAGACCCGCAUGCUGGAAGAUGGCACGCAGUGAAAGCAGGCCGGAUUGGUCAACAAGGCUUUCUAAUUCUGGACGGCAAGGAGGUCAGACACAAUGGGACUGAGGGAAUGAGCACAUUGGACGUUGCCACCAACAUCUUUAUUGGGGGCGUCUCCUCUCUGAGCACAGUGCCCGCAGACGCCGUCGAAGGGGAGCCGAUGGGCUUCACAGGCAGCAUCAGAGAAGUGAUCAUAAACGGUUUUGAGUUGGAGUUGACGGAAAAAGGAGCUCUCGGUGGUGCAAAUGUCAGGGACUGGGAUGGGACCGCCUGCGGGUACAAGGUGUGCCAAAAUGGAGGUCACUGCAGGGCAACAGGAAGUGAGUCCUUCACAUGUGACUGCCCAACAUCAUGGAGAGGACCGACUUGUAAUCAGUCUUUAAGCUGUGUCAACAACAUCUGCAAACAUAGCUCCAUAUGCACUCCAGUUAGUGAGAAAUCAUACACCUGCAUUUGUCCCCUCGGGUGGGGAGGGAGGUUCUGCACCAGAGAGCUACCAACGGACACGUUGAAGUUUGUGGGGCACUCCUAUGUUAAGCACAUUGAUCUGAAAUACAACGAGAGAAAUUUACGGUACACUCGGGUUUCUUUUAUCUUCCUCACAAACACAAGUGACAGUUUGAUCCUGUGGAUGGGAAAGGGAGGACAUGAAGAUGAUGACUUCCUGGCAGUGGGACUUGAGAGGGGGGCCCUUAAGGUUGCACUUAAUCUCGGGGAGAGGAUUUCGCUUCCAGUGAUUUCAAAAAGUCAGAUGCUGUGCUGCAACCGAUGGCACAACGUCUCCAUUGUCGUAAACAGUACUGUCAUUCAAGUCCAUUUGAACAACGAAAGAGUCAUUCACGAGGAUGUGGAUCCACUUGGGAGAUACGUAGCCCUGAACUACGCUGGGCAGCUCUACUUCGGAGGAUUUGAAAUGUACACAAAUGUAACCGUCGUGACAUCGGGGUUGUUUUCAAGGAGCUUUGAAGGAAAUCUCAAAAAUGUUUAUUUGUUCGGUGAACCCCUUGUCUUUUUAAAAAGCAGUGAGGGCUUUAAUGUCCAUAACGGCAAUGAGUAG